UUCGACCGCAAGUGGGAGGAACAAGGAAGGGAAACCAGAGCGGACGAAAUUAUUGUCGCCCGUUCGGAGCUUUCCUUUGGGUGAGCGAACAGUGGGCCAGUUGCCAAUAAAAGCGACCUUUCUGUUGUCAACAAAAACACAAAACGUACUGAUGGCAAAUCCCGCGUAUUAACAUUUUCGAGGAUGUAGCCCACUGUGCGUAGGUGGAGUGCCAGUCAGCUGGAAUGCUCCGAGAGUGUUUGUGACCUGGCCUCUAGUCACAUCUCAAGAAUGUCUGGGGCAGAAAAAGAACAACAAGAUUACACACAGAUCCACAUGGAGCGUUGGCUGCACUCCAUGAGCGAGAUUUUCUUCAUCUUUUUCUUUCUUUAUCGAAAGACAUUCUGAAGAACACGCAGAGAGACUGUAAACAGCGCAGAAUUGUGUCAUAAAGAAAAUAAAGUAGACGACAUAUACACUUUUAUUUCGCUGAUGGUGACUAAAAGAUCGCUGUGGGGCCGCAAAGCAAACAAAUAAAGCUGCCCGCGAAUCAGCCUGCUCUCCCGGAUCAAAUCAUGCACUAAAAGUCCGAGGGUUUCGAACUUGGAGCUGGAAAACCACACCCUCCUGGCACUUGGGAACCGUGAACGGGAAUGAUCUCACUCUGGAAGUGGGGGCCUCCACGUUUUCAUGUUCGGAUUCCAGUGGAACAUGGACUUGCUGCAGCUGAACGACGAUUGUCUGGAUGUUGUAUUUAACUAUCUAGAAUUACAUGAGCUACUGGAGCUCUACAACGAAAUUCAGGGCUUCCAGGCGGCCAUCGAAAGACAGCUCCAUCGCUUUAGGGACUUCAAGUUCAGCAUGAGACAUCCUCCAGUCUUCAACGAGGAUCUGUUCACUAAGCUGGGUCACCAUCUGAACAGUCUGCACAUCAACGUGGGCUACUCCACCAAGGACGAAGGGGUGCUCCGCUACCUCAAUCCCCUGUGCCAAGGAGCCUCCGAGACUGGUCGGUUGAAGGCCCUAAAGCUGGACCACGCCAAGUGGUCUUUCAAUAUCAUAGCAGCCGUGGGCAAGGUGGUUCCGUCUUUGCUAUUCCUGGACAUGCGUCACUGCGAUGUGCGGGACUACCAGAUAGCACAGCUCUUGGAAGGGGCAGAUAAGCUAAAGGCCCUCGCCCUGCUCCAUGUGAACAAUCAGACGGGCGACUCGUACCUGCAGCCCCACAUACUCAACAGGCUGCCGUCCCUCAAACUCAUCCACAUAACGAUCCUCGGACCGGUGCCCUUUUCCCCCGAGGACCUGGCCCGGCAGUGCCCGAACCUGAGCUUCCUCAUCACCGACCUAAUCCAAAGCGAUUCCCAGAUCUAUGGCCCGCCCGCCUACAUUCAGAACUAUUAUAAAUACUACAACGAGUACUUCAAGGCGCCCUAACCACUCGCGGAGCACUUGCAGAAAAUAUCUCAGCGGACUUAGUCAGUGACUCCCUAGUUAGUAUAUAACUUCACUUUGUCACUUGCAUGAACAAGGGAAUUUUAAAUGCAUUUAAAUAAAUUUUUGUACAUUCAAGUCACUUUCUUGG